AGGUGAAUUUUCAGCACAGGGGGUAAAAAAAGACAGACUAUUUUCUCGCAGGAUGAUAACAUUUAUAAAUGUUUUGUUUCAGAUCACAAAGAUCUCUAAUGCAACCCUCAAGAAGUUUGGUGUGAGGCUCUUCAAGCCUACCAAGAGUCUGGUUUUCCCCUGGUUCAGCGGACCCGACUCCUCCUUAAAAGGGGUGAAGCUCCUCUCCGCCCAAAACACAGGCACUGAGAAAGUUAAAUAUAAUGAAGCUACAGUCCCAAAGUGUAGUUCUUACUACAACCUGUUUGGCCUCCCCCUGGUGGGCCGUAUGGACUCUGAGGUGGUUCUGACUGGUCAUGAGCUGGACACUCUGGCUGUGAGUCAGGCCACAGGGCUCCCCAGUGUUGCUCUUCCACGUGGUGUCAGCUGCCUUCCUCCGAUCCUGCUGCCCUAUCUGGAACAGUUCAAGCGGGUGACCCUGUGGCUGGGAGGCAGCAUUCGCUCCUGGGAGGCGUCAAAGAUCUUUUCCCGCAAGCUGGGUCUGAGGCGCUGCUCUUUGGUGCGACCCGGGGAGCACCGGCCGUGUCCCGUCGAGGCGCUAGCACAAGGGAAAAACUUAAGCCGCAUCAUCAAAGCCUCCAUCCCAGCGGCCCAUAAGUCCAUAGUGUCCUUCAAGCAGCUCAGAGAGGACGUGUACGGGGAGCUGGUGAAUACAGAGCAGGUGGCCGGAGUGAAGUGGACGAGGUUUCCAGAGCUCAACCGGAUCCUAAAGGGACACCGCAAGGGGGAGCUGACAAUUUUCACAGGUCCUACUGGCAGUGGGAAGACCACCUUUAUCAGUGAGUUGGCCCUGGACCUUUGCAUGCAGGGCGUCAACACGUUAUGGGGCAGCUUUGAGAUCAACAACGUGCGUCUGGCUAAGAUCAUGCUCACACAGUUUGCCAUGCAGAGGCUGGAGGAGAACCUGGAGCAGUACGACUUCUGGGCGGACAAGUUUGAAGAGCUGCCGCUCUUCUUCAUGACUUUCCAUGGGCAGCAGAACAUCAAGACAGUGCUGGACACUAUGCAACAUGCUGUCUACCUCUAUGAUAUUAACCACGUUGUAAUUGACAACCUGCAGUUCAUGAUGGGGCAGGAAAACCUCUCAGUAGACAAGUUUGCAGUCCAGGACCACAUUAUCGGGGCAUUCAGGAAGUUUGCCACCAACACCAGCUGCCACAUCACUCUGAUCAUUCACCCCAGGAAAGAAGAGGAUGACCGUGAACUGCAAACAGCAUCUAUCUUUGGUUCUGCCAAGGCCAGCCAAGAAGCCGACAACGUCCUCAUUUUGCAGGAGAAGAAGCUGGUGACGUGUCCUGGCCGCAGGUCCCUGCAGGUGACCAAGAACCGUUUCGACGGAGACGUGGGCAUCUUCCCUCUGGACUUCAUCAAGUCCUCGCUCACCUUCUCAGCUCUCGUCAAAGGCAAACACAAGCUCAGGAAAGUCCCCACCAAGCCGGAGAAUGAGGAGGUCGAGGGGAAUGAGGCGGCAGCGAAGAAGGACGAGGUUAAAAAGGAGAAGGCAGAGAAAGCAAACAAAACAAAGACUCCGCGAGUUAAGAAUCCUGCAACUGGAAAGUAGACCAUCCAGAACUCAUUAUUAAGGUUAUUUCUAGACAGGAUGGACCUCCUCUGUUGUUUCCGUUUUACAACUUUCAUAUACGUAUUUUAAGUCAGAAAAAAGGAGAGAGAAAGAAUGAUCCCAAGUCAAAUGUACAUAAAAGAUAAUAUUGUCAGACAUUUAUAUGUCCAUAAUAUAGGGUUCAAGUAAACUGAGCAUACAGUAUAUUGUGCUAAUGCAUACAGGAUUGUAUGUUGUAGAAUAUAUGAAAUAGCAGCUCUGAUUGUAAUUUCCAAUGAAACAUAUUGUUUCAGGUUACUAGAGAUUUAUUUCAUUAAUAGAAUGAAGAUCGGAACCAGAAUGUGAAAUAAUUUGAUUGUAAAGUGUUGAACAUG